CGGGGCUUGGUUGACGGGUUGCGCUUUGCUCUUGUGUAGAUAUCUUGCUAGCUCAGUUUAGUGUGUGCGACUCAGAGAUGGACCGAGGGCGCUCUUCCGACUAGCGAAGCUUCGGCGACUCAUACACCCAGAAGUAUUGAAAUAAUAGCUCAGAUCGAUUCGCUAAAGACAUAAAAAGAAAAGCAAAUAAACAGUCUAUCUUUCACCUCCACUCAACACACCCUAACACGGCAUUGAUGGUAAUGCAUGCAGGGAAACAACCGCGACUCAGUGAUGGGUGCAACGACCGAAGGGAUUCUCAACCCUAUCAGACCCUUAAGUACCCAUCAAAGAGUCAUCCGGGCAGCGAUCACCGCCAUGAGAAGAUGCGCGACAGCUCCGACCCCAGCCCACCUUGCAAAAUGCUUCGGCGCUCUGACAGCCCCGAAAAUAAACACAGCGACAGUACAGGACACGGCAAGGCGAAGGCAGUGUACACGCAUCGGCUCCGGGAGAGAGAUGGAGGGACCAGUUAUUCUCCACAAGAAAACUCCAACAACCACAGUGCUCUUCACAGCUCAAAUUCCCAUUCUAAUCCGAGUAGAACUUCAGAGACGCCCUACGAGCCCGCGGACGACUGGUCAGAGCACAUCAGCUCCUCGGGGAAGAAGUACUACUACAACUGCCGGACGGAGGUGUCGCAGUGGGAGAAACCCAAAGAGCUGCUGGAGAGAGAGCAGAGGCAGAAGGAGUCGACCAAGGUGGCGGUGGUCAACAGCUUCCCCAAAGACCGCGACUACCGGCGAGAGGCCAUGCAGUCCACCGUCACCACCACCGGCUUCAGUGGCUCCAAAUGCACUCCGGCAGACAAGCCAACAGCCCAUUCCUGCACCUCCCAGCCGUUGUCGUCCUCAUCAUCGUCGUCGUCUUCGUCGUCCGCGGCGACGGGGCUGAACCCCUGCGGGACGCCGAGCUCGGCCGCCCCCACCGUGCCCGUGUCCCCCGUGCUCCAGUCGCCGGCCCCGCCCCUCCUGCAGGACCCCACCCUCCUGAGACAGCUCCUCCCGGCGCUGCAGGCCACCCUGCAGCUGAACAACGCCAGCGUGGACAUGUCCAAGAUCAACGAGCUUCUCACGGCUGCGGUCACACAAGCUUCACUGCAGUCUAUGCUUCAUAAGAUCCUCACUGCCGGCCCGUCUGCUUUCAACAUCACUGCCCUGCUUUCCCAAGCUGCUCAGCUGUCUGCUCCAGCCCAGCAGUCCAGUCAGUCCCCGAUGUCAUUAACGUCAGAUGCCUCGUCGCCCAGAUCCUACGUGUCCCCCAGAAUAAGCACGCCGCAGACCAACGCCGCCGCGUCCCAGAAGUCCCUGGUCAACACGCCGCCCGUGUCCUCGCAGCCCAAGGGUAGCACACCGGCAGGGAAAGCAGGACCACACCCACAGUCUGUAUCCCAGCAACCGGUGGCUGCAGAGAGAGCGCACGAGCACGACUCUCCCCGGCUGCAGAGGCAAAGCAGCAGCCAGGGGAGCCCCUCGCCCGGCCCCAACCACAGCGCCGGCAGCAGCGGGAACAGCACCUCCGCGUCUGGCUCGGCCACGCCCGGCGCCUCCUCCCGGCCGGCGUGCGCGUACACGCCCGGGGGGGCCCCCGCCCGGCCGUCCUGCACCCUCACGCCCACGCUCGCCUCCCACUUCAACGAGAACCUCAUCAAGCACGUGCAGGGCUGGCCCGCCGAGCACAUGGAGAAGCAGGCCUCCAGGUUACGCGAGGACGCCCACAACAUGGGGAGCCUCUACAUGUCUGAGAUCUGCACCGAGCUGAAGAACCUGCGGUCCUUAGUGCGCGUGUGUGAGAUCCAGGCCACGCUGCGGGAGCAGAGGAUACUGUUUCUGAGACAGCAGAUUAAAGAGCUGGACCGGCUGAAGAACCAGAACUCCUUCAUGGUGUGAGGGGGGGGCGAGGCCGGGGGAGGCUGACUGCACACGGUCGGAACGUGCGGACCGCCGUUCCGUGCCCAGUCUUAACACUUUCGAGCCGCCGUCGGAGCAGGCUUUGGACCGUUGGGCCGGGGCGGACCAGGGCGAGGGCGGAGGGCGAGGGCAGAGGUGGUGACCGAGCCUUGCGUGAAUUUCGGUGGGGAGAGAAAAAGAAAGGAAGAAAGGAAGGAGGAGGCCCUCUGAGUGUAGAUUUCCUGUAGAUGUAUCCAUGUUGUAAAUACCUUUUUGUAGAGCGUCGGAGCCUGUGAGAGCCGCGCCUAUCCGAGAGCUCCGACACCCAAACUAAUCAGCGCCCGUACCGGUCGAGUACGUUAGCCCCCGUCCACUUUAACUCACCCAGACCUUAGCUUACGCCAGCGGACUGGUGUGUGUGUGUGUGUGUGUGUGUGUGUGUGUGUGUGUGUGUGCGUGUGUGUGUGCGUGCGUGCGUUUCUGUUUGUGUGUGUGUGUGCCUGUGCACGUGUGUGUUUGUGCGCACGCGUGCACACGUGCGUGUGUUUCUGUUUGUGUGUGUGUGUGCGCACGCGUGUGUGUGUGUGUGUGUGCACGACUGCGUGUGUGUGUACGCUCGUGUGCUUGCGUUGGAGCAGCAGGGACAUGGGCUGAGGUUUCAGGAACAGCCCGUGAUCCUUACCCAGCAGUGGGCUAAUUGAGAGGGCUUGGGGGGACCCCCCUUGUGUCCCCCCCCCUCUCCCUGCCUUUCCAACAGUCCCGGGAGUCUGUCUCGGCGAUGCUGUGUUUCCAUAGAGAUGUCUCCAGUGCCUGGGUGGCCCCUGAUUGGCCCCCACAGCAGCGUUGGACAGAACGCUUCUCCACCCCCAGCACACACAGCCCCCCAUCCUUUAACCCUGUUAAACUGCCUGUUUGUUUAUCGUCUUUCUGGCAAAAACUUAAUUCCUUCCCUACCAACACAAACACCAUUUCACAGCUCAACUUUAAAACAAUAAAGAAUUUAAAUGAAAAUCAAACCUGCUUUACUUGGUGGUUUUCAGAACACACUGGGCCCAGCCGAGGACUUCAUUCCUGUGUACAGUUGAUCAAUAAGGUUCAAAAAGAAAAAAAUACUAAACUAUCUUUUUUAAAGAAAAAUUGCAGUGAAUACUAGUAUAUCAGAACUCUGUUGUAUUACAUGAAUUAUUGCUACACGGUUUUUUUCCCCUUUCACACCAUGUAACGAACAGAAAGGCAAAAAAAAAUUAAAAAAAAAAAAAAAAAAAUUAAUGACGGCGCGACCGGAAACGACGGCGACGGAGCCCAGUCCUCCACCAACCGGACCUGGGGGUCACACAAGGUCUAAUGUGAACUGUGUAUAUUGUAAUAAAGAUGCUGAACUAAA